UCGGACCCAGAGUCAUGGGCGUUUGGUUCCGACAGGAUGGCCCAUUUCUCCGGAGAGGACCAGGCGACGCUACAGGUGAUGCUGAGGCAGCUGUUCCAGAGCGUGAAGGAGAAAAUCACUGGUGCUCCCUCCCUCGAGUGCGCCGAGGAGAUCCUCUUACAUCUGGAGGAAACUGAUGAGAAUUUCCACAACUAUGAAUUUGUGAAAUACCUCAGACAGCAUAUAUGCAACACUUUAGGGUCUAUGAUUGAAGAUGAAAUGGAGAAAUGGACAGCUGAUCGGAAUCAGGGUGAGGAAUCUGGCUAUGACACAGUUGUGCAGCAUGUUACUAAAAGAACUCAGGAAUCUAAAGAAUACAAAGAAAUGAUGCAUUCCCUGAAAAACAGCAUGAUGGUAGUGGUGGAAUCUAUGAUUGACAAAUUUGAAGAAGAUGAGAUGCGAAGUCGAGAGAGGCAGAAAAAAAUCCAAAAGGAGAAAAGCAAUAGUUAUUGCACAGACAAUUGCUCUGACAGUGAUUCGUCAUUCAAUCAGAGUUACAAAUUUUGUCAAGGAAAAUUACAAUUGAUUUUAGACCAGUUGGAUCCAGGACAACCCAAAGAGGUCAGAUAUGAAGCCUUGCACAUGCUGUGUUCAGCUCCGCCAUCUGAUGUGCUGAACUGUGAGAACUGGACCACUCUCUGUGAGAAACUGACAGCGUCUCUCUCAGAUCCGGAUCCUGUGUUUAGUGACCGGAUUUUAAAAUUCUAUGCACAGACAUUUACACUUUCGCCAUUCCAUAUGACCAAGGAAAUUUAUACAAGCUUAGCUAAAUAUUUGGAGUUAUACUUUCUUUCUAGAGAAAAUCAUAUUCCUACUGUUUCAACUGGCAUAGAUGUAACUAAUCCUAAUGUGAUCCGCUUACUUAGAAAGGUUCGUCUUCUAAAUGAAUAUCAGAAAGAGGCUCCAUCUUUCUGGAUUCGUCACCCUAAGAAGUACAUGGAAGAAAUUGUGGAGAGUACUUUGUCCUUAUUAUCAGUUAAACGUGAUCAAAGUCAUCUUGCCUCACAAAAGAUUUUACAUCCCAUCUACUUUCUUGUAUUGGUUGAUGCCAAGGCUGUGUGGUUCAAAAAGUGGAUGCAUGGAUAUUGUAGCAGAACUGUCGUACUAAGACUUCUUGAAAAGAAAUAUAAAUCUCUGAUAACUGCAGCAGUUCAGCAGUGUGUUCAGUACUUUGAGUUAUGUGAGACUAUGAAAACCGAUGAGGUUGUGGGACAUUCAAAGCAUUGUGGGAACAAACAGAAAACUUUCUACUACUCAGGGCAAGAAUUACAAUAUAUUUAUUUCAUCCACUCAUUGUGCCUUUUGGGAAGAUUAUUGAUCUAUACACAAGGCAGAAAGCUGUUUCCCAUAAAGCUGAGGAAUAGAAAAGAUUCAGUGUUCCUUACAGAUCUUCUGGUUCUGUUUAUCCAACUUAUCUAUUAUUCACCAAGUUGUCCAAAGAUGACAUCAGCUGCACAUUUAGAGAAUUACUCUCCUGCAGGUAUGGUGACUGAAGUUCUACAGAUACUCUGUGAUCAAAAAGAAUGUGCAAUCGAAUGCUUAUGUAACAAACCUGUGGUUGAGGCACUUCUUCAGCCUAUUCAUCAUUUAAUGAAAGGAACUAAGGCUGCUCCACAUUGCUCUGAAGCAGCUUUAAUUUAUAUAGCUGAUAUUUUGGCAAGAAUUGCAUCUGUAGAAGAAGGGCUUACCUUACUUCUUUAUGGAGAAAAUAUGAACUCUUCUGAAGAAAAAAGUUCUACAGGUGCUCAUAAAAUAGCCCAGUUUUUGAAAAAACUUCUUGAUGAAGAUAUUUCUAUUUUUUCUGGAUCGGAAAUGUUGCCCAUGGUGAAAGGAGCUUUUAUUUCCACAUGUUGCCAAAUAUAUGGUACAUGUGAAGGCUUGCAAGUGUUAAUUCCUUAUGGUCUGCAUGAAUCUAUAGCAAAUGCAUGGAAGAAGACGAAUUUGGUAUCAGAAAGAAUUCCUACUCCAGUAGAGGGUUCAGAUUCUGUCUCUUUGGAAAGCCAGGAAUCCCAAAACCUUAUGGCUUGGGAAGAGAAUUUGUUAGAUGGUUUACUAAAUUUUGCUGCCACCCCUAAAGGACUACUACUUCUUCAAAAAACAGGUGCCAUCAGUGAAUGUGUGACAUUUAUGUUCAACCGAUAUGCAAAAAAAUUACAGAUCAGCAGGCAUAAAAAGUUUGACUAUGGAGUUUUGGUUACCCAAGUGGCAUCAACAGCAGCAGGUACAAUAGCACUACAAAGUUCAGGGUUCAUUAAUGCACUUAUAACUGAAUUAUGGAGCAAUCUGGAAUGUGGAAAAGAUGAUGUUAGAGUAACCCAUCCCAGAGCCACUCCAGUGGAUCCUAUUGACCAAAGCUGUCAAAAGUCUUUUCUAGGGUUGGUGACCUUGUUAUCUUACCCUGCUAUUUAUGAGCUGGUCGGCAAUCAAGAUCUUCCUAAUAAAGCAGAAUAUUCUCUUCGUGAAGUUCCCACAUGUAUUAUUGAUAUUAUUGAUAGACUUAUAAUUUUGAAUUCUGAAGCUAAGAUCCGUUCUUUAUUCAACUAUGAACAAUCACAUAUCUUUGGCCUGAGGUUAUUAAGUGUGGUAUGCUGUAAUCUAGACACCCUUCUUCUAUUAGAGGCUCAGUAUAAAGUGUCUGAAAUCUUACUAAAUGCUCAAGAAGAAAAUAUCUCAGAGACCUCUGAGAGCCACAGAGAUUUUAUAAUCGAUGGCUUAUCAGUAGAGAGAAAUCAUGUUCUUGUUAGAAUAAACCUUAUUGGUGGGCCAAUGGAACGAAUUUUGCCUCCGAGGAUACUACAGAAGGGUGAUGAUCCAUAUCCUUGGCCAAUGUUUUCAUCAUAUCCUUUACCAAACUGCUAUCUGUCAGAAGGUACAAGAAAUACUGAUCAAAAACAAGACAAUGAUCUUGGCAAAAUUUUAUUACACUUCAAGAUGUCUGAUAAACAAACUGAGUGGAUAGAAAACUGCCGAAGACAAUUUUGCAAAAUGAUGAAGGCCAAACCUGAUAUAAUCAGUGGAGGUGCUUUAGUAGAAUUACUUGAAAAAUUCGUGCUUCAUCUCUCUGAAAGCCCAUCAGAAUGCUAUUUCCCCUCCGUAGUAUAUACAGCUACUGAUGCAAAUGUGAAGAACGAAAGUCUUUCAUUGGUGCAGCAGCUUGGCAUUAAAAUGACUGUCAGGUAUGGCAAGUUCCUCAACCUGUUAAAAGAUAGUGCAGAAAGUGAUCUUACGUGGGUGUUAAAGAACUGUGAGAGAUUCCUGACACAGCAGCAAGCUCAUGUGAAAUCUUCUCUUCUCUGCCUGCAGGGGAGUUAUGCUGGCCAUGACUGGUUUGUAUCGUCUUUGUUCAUGAUAAUGUUGGGGGACAAAGAGAAAACAUUCCAGUUUCUUCAGCAGUUCUCCAGGCUUCUGACCUCUGCUUUCCUUUGGUUGCCAAGACUGCAAGUUUCUAGGUACCUACCUGUUGACACUAUAGAAUCUGGCAUCCAUCCCAUAUAUUUUUGCAGCACUCACUAUAUUGAAAUGCUGCUGAAGACAGAGGUGCCACUUGUGUUUUCAGCUUUUCACAUGUCUGGUUUUGCACCAUCACAGAUUUGUCUGCAAUGGAUAACUCAGUGUUUUUGGAAUUAUUUAGAUUGGAUAGAAAUCUGCCAUUAUAUUGCUACUUGUAUUUUCCUGGGUCCUGAUUAUCAAGUGUAUAUCUGUAUAGCUAUCUUCAAACAUCUACAACAAGACAUUCUACAGCACACUCAGACUCAAGAUCUGCAGGUCUUCCUAAAAGAAGAAGCACUGCAUGGGUUUCGAGUGAGUGAUUACUUUGAGUACAUGGAAAUUUUGGAACAAAACUACCGACCAGUGUUGCUGAGAGACAUGCGGAACAUUAGAGUGCAGAGCACAUAGAUCAUGAAACACACAAUUUAAUUUUAUGUUUUAUUUAUUUUAAAAGGAAAUGA